GUCAAAAUCAGUCAAACGUCAUUUAAGCGUAUCCAGCUGCUAUAAUCAAAACAAAUUUGUUUUCGCUUUUUUAACCAAACUAAAUUAUAUCUCAGAAAUAAGGUGGAAUAGCCAACUGAUAAAUACACAAAACAAUACUUUUUACAUUUCCCUCAAGUUGUCUGCAUAAUAUAACAAGACCGUGCAUUUCACCUUAAAUAGUCGUAACGGUAAAGAGCCGUAAAAGACUGAUAUUGUUUAAAAUAUAUUUUAGUAUGCGUGCUUGAUGAAAAAUUAGUAAAGCUAUAUGAUAAUUUCAUUCCUGAUACUUUUUAAUUUUUUUGUGACUAAUCCUUUACAGUGUAAAAAUGUUUGAAGUUAUCCCUGACACAUUUCUUUAUUAUGCAUAUGGAAGUAACUUGCUCAAGAAAAGAAUACAUAUUAAUAAUCCUUCAGCAAAGUUUUUGGGAGUUGGGCGUCUUGAUGAUCAUCAGCUAAAUUUUAUUAAAUAUUCUGAUAACUGGCGAGGAAGCUCAGCCACUAUUGUCCCUACGGAAGGCUCACAUAUAUGGGGUGCAAUAUGGAGAUUACAUAAUGAUGACAUGCCUGCGUUAGACAGACAAGAGGGAGUCGAUACCAAUUGGUACUUUCCUAAAACAGUCACCGUUGUACUCCCUAAUGGUUCCAAAGUGGAGUGUCGUACCUAUCAACAAACUAUAAAUCCUCCUGUACGUAAAAAUGGUGAAGAGUUACCUGAAGAAAGAAGACCAUGCAUCACAUACAUGGAAUGUAUAAUAAAUGGUGCAAUUGAAUGUGGUAUUCCUAAGUAUUAUAUUGAUGAACUCAAGACAAUACCAAACAAUGGAAAGGAAGCAUCUCCUAAAAUGAUUGAACAGUUAAACAGCAGCUUUUAAAUCUUUUUAUGGAGCUAUUUUUCUUAAAAUAAAUUAUCCAGAUAAAUUAAAUACAACAAAAAUAUUGUUUGUACUGUUAUGUACUGUUUUUUUUAAUUAACACUGUAAUGUGAAAUCAAAUUUCAUUUUACUGGUCAACAGCUUCCUAUUGGUGUCUACCUGAAACAUUUUUAAAUUUAAAUUUGUAUUUAAGUAUCUCAUUAAAUUUUAUACUGUUAA